GCGGCCGGGCCAGCAGCGGAACCUGCGGGGAGCGGGAAGACAGGGGAAGCGACAACCCAAGACCCCGAGCGCAGCGCGCCCGGGACUGCCGGAGGGGUCUCGAGUAGCCGCCGCAGCUUCCGCGCACAGCCGCCGGCUGCCCGCUCUCGGCCCGGGGCCAACGUCCAGGAAGCCCCGUCCGGACCCAGGCAAGCCACCGGCCGCCCCCGAUCGCGCGCCGCGAGCCCAGGGGCGGCCCCUCAGGGACCACCCCCCGCCUCCCGGGCCCCCGGACCGCCCGGAUGUGCACGAAAAUGGAACAGCCCUUCUACCACGACGAUUCGUACGCAACGGCGGGCUACGGCCGGACCCCGGGCGGUCUCUCUCUCCACGAGUACAAACUCCUGAAACCCAGCCUGACUCUCAACCUGGCCGAUCCCUAUCGAGGUCUCAAGGCGCCCGGGGCGCGGGGGCCGGGCGCCGAGGGCAGCGGCGGCGGCAGCUACUUCUCCAGCCCGGGCUCGGACACGGGCGCGUCGCUCAAGCUCGCCUCCUCGGAGCUGGAGCGCUUGAUCGUGCCCAACAGCAACGGCGUGAUCACCACGACGCCCACACCCCCGGGACAGUACUUUUACCCCCGCGGGGGCGGCAGCGGUGGGGGGGCCGGCGGUGCCGCGGGCGGCGUGACCGAGGAGCAGGAGGGCUUCGCCGACGGCUUCGUCAAAGCCCUGGACGACCUGCACAAGAUGAACCACGUGACGCCCCCCAACGUGUCGCUGGGCGCCAGCGGAGGACCCCCGGCCGGGCCCGGGGGCGUCUACGCGGGCCCCGAGCCGCCGCCCGUCUACACCAACCUCAGCAGCUAUUCCCCAGCCUCGGCGCCCUCCGGAGGUGCCGGGGCCGCCGUGGGUACCGGGAGCUCCUACCCGACGGCCACCAUCAGCUACCUCCCGCACGCGCCCCCCUUCGCCGGCGGCCACCCGGCGCAGCUGGGCCUGGGCCGUGGCGCUUCGGCCUUCAAGGAGGAGCCGCAGACCGUGCCCGAGGCGCGCAGUCGCGACGCCACGCCGCCCGUGUCCCCGAUCAACAUGGAAGACCAGGAGCGCAUCAAAGUGGAGCGCAAGCGGCUACGGAACCGACUGGCGGCCACCAAGUGCCGGAAGCGGAAACUGGAGCGCAUCGCGCGGCUGGAGGACAAGGUGAAGACGCUCAAGGCCGAGAACGCGGGGCUGUCCAGCACGGCCGGCAUCCUCCGCGAGCAGGUGGCCCAGCUCAAACAGAAGGUCAUGACCCACGUCAGCAACGGCUGCCAGCUGCUGCUGGGGGUGAAGGGACACGCCUUCUGAUCGCCCCCCGCCCCUCCGCAGCAUCCCCCUUCGGACCUUUCCCCAGCCAGGACGGCUGGGCGCACGCCUCCCACGGGGCGAGGGGGCAGACGGUGGGCACCCAUUCGGGGGGCCUGGGGUGCCGCCCACCACACUGGACACUGGCCCUCCAGCUCUGCGCCUCAGUCCUCCCACCUCGACGUUUACAAGACCCCCUUCCACGUUUUUUUUUUUUGUAUUUUUUUUUCUGCUGGAAACAGACUCGAUUCAUAUUGAAUAUAAUAUAUUUGUGUAUUUAACAGGGAGGAAAGGCAGGGGUGAUCGCGGCGGAGCUGGCCCCGCCGCCCGGUACUCAAGCCCGUGGGGACACUAGGGAGGGGACCCCCCCCCGCCUCUUUGCCCUCCCCCCCUUCUGCGCCGUACUGUGGCGAAGAAAGACGCGCUUGGUCUCUAAAGAGUUUAUUUUAAGAUGUGUUUGUGUGUGUGUGUGCGCGUUUGUUGUUCUGACUUUUUAUUGAAUCUAUUUAAGUAAAAAAAAAUGGUUCUUUAUUAA